GCCAGGCCGGAGCAUGGCGGAGCCGCCGGAGGCUGCCUUCUACGGGGCCGUGGCGCCGGGAAACCCGGUGGUGGACAGCUUGGAGGCCGAGCUGCGGGACGUCCUGGGCUUCCUACGGCGCCUGAGGGGCGCGGGGGAGGCCGAGCCGCAGCGCCACGACCUGCACCGCCGCGGUGCAAAUACUUUGUUCAAUAUUUGGAACAAAUAUAAGCCUCGACUGCCAGACUGGUAUUACAAUGACAAACUUCUGAAAGUUGGUGAUUCCCUUGCUCAGAUCAAAGAAUAUAAGCUGGCACUUCGACAGUGCUAUGGAAGAUACCUUCAGCAGUUCAGUUCUGUAAACCCUGAUGACAUCACAGAUGAUGUGCAUAAAUUUAAAUCCACCUUUUUUCCAAAUGGUUUCAGAGACAAAAAUGCAGCAUUUACGUUCCAUGCUUUGCAAGAGAGGAAUGUUUGUAUAUAUCAGAUGGUUUGUAGCAAUGACAGAAAUCUCCAGAACCAAGAAUCCCUGCAGACUUGUUUCAAUGUCUUGUCCUGCUUACGACUCACCAUGCAAGUGGCUCUACCUGAGGAGAAUUUGUGUUGGCUUAUUUACAAUGGUACAAUUCAUAUUUACACUAUAUGCAGACAUUUGAUGAUGAUAGGUCAGUCUGCAAAGGUGCUGGAAUACUUACUUUGGGCCAGUAUAAGUAUGGAAUUGUCCAUUCCGCUCUUAUCGGUACAUUAUUUGACAUGGAGAGCCACUCUAUAUGCUGCAGUUUCUCAGUGUUAUUUUGAUUGUCAAGCCGGCAUUCAUGGAGAGGUAUUUGCUCGCCGUGGUCUGAUUAAAAUUGAUGAACUGAAGCAAUUAGAAAAUAUCAGUUCUUCUCAGGAAAAUUCAGAAACGAAAAAGAUUUUUAGAGAGGCCACUCUGAAGAUGUCAGUAAUGAUUUUCAAAAGAGCAGUCUAUGAAUCCAGAAGAAAACCAAAAAGCUAUUUUCGACCUAAGUUAAGAGUUAGCCUGAAAGAAGCACAAAAUCUGUCAUGGCCUCGCACUACUACUGAACGUCUGCUGACAGAAAUGUUUGACUGUACCGCAGCUCAAUUCCUUGCCAUCCUGGAAGCUCUGUCUGAUAGCAGUAGGCAUGUGCUGUGCCCAGCUCCUCCUGUUCCUGAUGAAAUUGAAAUCCGUGAUGUCAUUUCAGAGCUUUUUUUUGCAGGCCUGGAAAUCCUCUCAGGUGGAAUGAGCACAACUGAUACUCAAGGAAGCCAUUGCACUGAUAAUUUUGGUACAAUUAAUGCAUCAUCAACCCUUCUGCAGUUGAUACUAACAGGAGAAAAGGGGGUGCCUGGAGAUGCUGCUGUGAAAUUUAUAAAAUUAGCUUUCAGCUAUGAGGAGUGGGAUGUGUUUGAUUCUGCUAUUGAAUUUGUUACUAAUUUUCUUCAGGCUCAAGAUGACCCAAGAUGGAAGAAGGCAGAAAUGGAACUCAAACUUCUGACACUGAUGCAACCUUUACUAUUUUCAAGAAAAAUUAGAUGUGGCUUUUCUGUUAGUGAAGCUAAUACCAGAGAAGCUAGAACACCUUGUGGUUCUGAUAAGAAGCAAAUAUUAAGAAAGGGUUCCUUAAAGUAUGCAGAGCCAUCUCAUGAACUUACCAUUUUGGCAACAACAGUAUUUUCCUGUGUCUCCACAUCUAAACAGAAUAUGCAACCUGACAAAGAAAUACUUUUUGAUGUAAUAAUGCUUUUGUGGCAGAAAUGUAAAAUGGGACUUCAGCAAAUCCAAACAAGUGGAAGUGGAUACUUUAAAUAUAUUCACAAAUACAAAGCUUGCAAAUGGGUUUAUGUACUCUGGAUAAUAAAUGAAGUAAUUCAGAAGAGUAACAUAGCAGACACUGAUGUUGUAAUGUUAAUAGAGGUAACCUUAAAUCUAACUGCGAUAUUGGAAAAUAUAGUUGAUUCUACAAGUGAAUCUAAGAAAAAAGCAGAUAAAAAAGGAAAAAGAAGCAUCUCUCUCUCAGAAGAUGAAACCUGUGAUAUUCCUGAAAUAUUGAUGAAAAGUCCUAUGGAACAAUUACAAUUUGCUUAUGAAAGUCUUGAAAAAGCAAUUAAUGAAGUCAACAAAUCUCGCUUAAUGACCCUUCUACCAGAUGGAAUGUCGAUAUUUGACAGCUGCUGUACAAAGGUGGACUCAAAUGGCCAGAAUUUGAAUUCUGUUUUGGGUUUGGGUAAUGACAAGACAGGAACAGGUAAUAAUUUUUUAAUGGAUUUACAUCUGGAGCUCAUUCAGGCCCAACAUCGAAUAGCUGUAAAACUUCUUAAACUGACACAACGUGUUCAAAAGGAUGGCAGAAGUCUUAAUUCUAGCAAUUACCAUGUGAAAAUUAUUGAAGAUUCCCAUUACUUAAAAGAGGCAGAUAUAAUAGGAAAAAUAAAAAAGAAUAAGCUAUCCAGAGCAAUCUUUUUGAUGCAAAAGGCUGCACAGAUAUUCCCUGAAGAGUUAACUACUUCUUCCCAAAAGCAACUACUGGAGGAGGCAUUAACUUUAAUCGAGCAAGUUGAAGCUGAACAAAGUGCAUUGUAUCACAGUCUCAAAGAAUUUAUGAAUCUCAAGAAAAAAAGCAGAACUCCUCCUCCGCCUAUAUUACUUUGUAGAUCACAUUGCUCCAUGACAUUUAAACCAGCUCCAUUCUCUUCAGAUGUUCAGGUUUCAUGGUACAGUAUUUUGGGCUGUGUAGCAGGCGGAAGUAACACAAAAGUAAGGUUAAAUAACAAUAAACUUCCAAAUGCAGGAGAAGAGAUACCAGCUGAUGGAAAAAGUGUCUUAGAAAUACAAGGCUUAGAUCCCAAUGAGAAAUACGUAUUUGCAGUUGCAGCAUAUUCUUCUGAUGGAAAACUUAUUGGUGAUGCCAUUGGGGAAACAACUAAGCCAAUUCUUGCUUAUCCACCUCUUUCUGCUACUGCUGUUCGAGCUUAUCUAACUCAGGUAGCCUAUCAGACUGGCAACUAUAUGUUAGCCAGAGAAGCAUUUUCACCAAUGUGGGAUUAUUUUGUUUCAAAUUCUUCUCCACUGCCUGCCAAUACAGCUGUUAUUUCUGCAAGAAGUAAUUUGACUAUAUCUGAAAACAGGUUACAUCUUGAGACUGUAUCUCAGACUUCUCCUAUCACCUUGUACCUCUUUCUGAGGAAUAUAUUCGCUAUCUGUGACAUUAACGUCAUGGAAGGAGGACUCUUCUGUGAUUCCGUUUGUUCCAAUGAGAUCCUUUACAAGGAACAAGCUGGUAGAUUAGCAGAAUGUGAAAGGAUGACUGUGGCAAUUGAUCUUGGUAAUUGGUUGAAUGAUGCAAGUUAUACACUGCAGUCUGUUGUACAAUGUUAUGGUCUCCUCGCUCCAAUUAUUUAUCACAAGAUUUCUGCAGUGCCUAUAGUUCAGAUCCUCAUUAAGUGCUUGGCUGUCCUUCAAGAAAUUCCAAGUGCUAUUUUGCAAAGGAGACAGGCUGGAUGUUAUGAGAGUAUUCAGCAUAUGAUAGCUUGUACUUCAUUUUAUACAGCAAAGGUUCUACGUUCAUGGAAAGAAUAUGAACUAGCAGUAAUUAUUAUUAACUAUGGGAAAAAACUGUUGGAUUCCUCGCAAACAGCCUCACUCUGUCGCUCAGGAGCUACAGAAACUGAAGAAGCACACACUAACAAAAAAAACAUUUCUGCAAAGACAUCCCAUUUAGCUGCAAUGGAAAAAGCAACAGAAAAUCUAAAUGCUCUUGAAUCAAAUCUCCUGAGACUGACAAAACCAGUUCGUGGAUCAGAGCUUACAGGACAGGAAGAUCCUUUGUUCCUCUACCCUAUAAUUUCAUGUUGGACAUCAAACACUGCUUAUCGUGAAGUGAUGAAAUUCAAAAAGAAACCACGUUUUCUUGAGUUCUUUAUUCAAGUUUUGCACAAAAUCCUGAAUGAAGAGAAGUUUCAAAGUGUCCUGGAAUGGUCAGGAAAUGUGCAAGCUUACUUGAAAAGGAGGAAUGACCACCUUCUCUGUAUCAAUGGAACUUCAAGACCAGAAACAAUUUCUCCCACUCUGCCUGAAGGCACCAGGAAGUACACCAGAGGAGUUGGGGAGUUCCAGAAAAAUGUGGAGACCUCAGCUUUAAAGAAACCAGAGGCAUCAGCUUUGAAGAAACAAAGACAAGAAACGUUGAGCCCUAUUAGAAAAAGACAGACUCUUAGACAGUAUUUUGCGAAACAUCCAGACAUAAUGAAAUCUCCAGAAGCACAAAGGAAACACAAGGGAGAAUUGAGAAAAGUAGCUCAUCGCACCUUAGUGGUACUGCUGACACCAAUUGUGAGCAACUACUUAAACCGAAAGAAGUUUCAUCAAAUAUGUCUUGAAGAGAUGCCCUGGAGGUCUCAGAUGAAUAUUUAUCUGGCAAUUGCACACUACCACUUAUUUAAAAGGAAACUGGAAGAGCAAUAUAACAUUGGAAUUUGUGGUUCACAGCAUCAGGACAGUUACAAUAUUCUGGAUCCUGAAAUAUUCUCCUUAAAUAAUUCUGGAACUGUAGUAGUGAGAGAAUCUGUAGAGAAUAACAGAAGAACACCGCCUCUUUUUCUCCUUAAAAAGUCACCUUCAGGACUGACCAAAAAACAAAGAUAUACAGAUAGAUCUUCUGAGCACACCAGUAAAUUGGGUGGAACAUAUACUCCUCAAACUCAAAUGACAAAUGAUAUGGAAAUAUCCAUCUCACGGUCCCCCAGAGAAUGCAGCCAGUUUCCAUCAGAUACCAUUUUAUUGGACCAUUUUACAAAAAUCUUUAUUCAUUUAAGAAGAGCAGUGGUUCUUGCUCACCGUGGUGGCCACUGGACAUUGCUUCAAAAUGCUUGCCGAGAACUUUGGAACUAUACUCAAGAAUCCCAGUCAAUUGCUAAACAUUCCCAUUCCCAUACAGAUGCAUUUCCCAUUACGAAGGAGUUUCUUAGGAACACUAUCUGGUUGCCAUUUUAUUUGGCAUCAGACAUGAUCAUUGAUAUGAUAACUGAACUACAAGCAACCGAUUCUCUUAAGAUUGUGGAUCCCGAAGGAGACUUCUGCAUUCCCAGUUGUUUAGGAGGUAUUACUGAUGAGAAUGGUGGUUCAAAUCUCCAUCCACAGUCUCCCCUGGAUGAUGUGAAUGUAGUUGACUUGAAAUGGAUAUGUAAUCUGGUUCUUAAAACAAUAGAGUUGUUGUAUCAAAUGAAGAAAUGGGAAGCACUUGUACACAUAGCUGUACAAUUUAACAUAUUUACACAUGAGAGAUAUACAGAACAGGUGAUUCCGCUGCUGGUGUAUGCUCAGAGGCAGCUUCUGGAAAGAAAACAGCAAUUCAGUAGCCCAGAAAGCCAUGAAUCUCAUUUCAUAAAAUAUCUGUCUGAUAAUGCAAAUAAGAUGAGUUGCAGAGACUACAUAGGGUGGAAUCUACAGCUGCCUGUUGCCCAUGCUGCUAGUGUACUGCUCUUUCCUGGAUGCAUUACCUACCCUGAGAUGAAAAAUGAUUAUACAGAUGGCAGUCAAGCCAAACAUCUAGUUUAUGUACCUCUUGAUGUGAAUGAUACGCUGAAAUGUUUUAGGGAAACUCUAAAAAAAUCUAAAUUUCACAGCAGAGCACUGAGACACAGCAGAAAACUACUUUCAUUAUUUCUUGCACACACACAAGAACAUGCUAGAAGAGCAAUCAGUCAAAUCUCUCCAAAGAGAAGGCUGGAAUUUAAUGUGGGAGCUGAACUGAUAUUUCUACCAGUACCACAUGACCUUUCUCAAGAAAAAUUUAAUUUCUCCAGUAUGGUUGAGAGUAAACCAAUACCACAGUCACAACUUUCAGUAAUUGUCUCUUCCUAUGAACAAACAAUUGGAAUCCUUGAAAUAAACAACCAGAGAGACCUCAAGGUUCAGGCUCUACAUGAACUUGGAAAUCUUCACUUUUAUGCUGGAAACAAAAGAGCUGCUUUUAAAUAUUGGUGUCAAGCCCUUGAUGAAACACUCAACAUUGGUGAUGCUCUUAACAAUUGGCAAGAGUUAGGUUUUCCAAAAAACGCUAAAGACUGCUUUGCAGUUGGAAGAUCUACUGAUAUUAGUCAGAAAUUUAUUUCUCAGGCAGGAAUUUGGGGAUGUUUACAUGCAGCAGUUUUAGUGGCUAAGAUAGCUCAGUAUAUAACAACAUCGAAUAUGAGAUUAAGAACUAAACACUGCUAUUUUUCUGCUAUACUCUUUAAGACCCUGUUUAGAGCUUCUCUUCCACACCCCACAUCUGAUUGUGACUUUGCACAAUAUGAAGUGAAUAUGCUCAUUCCUGGAAUAGAUUUAUUCUCUGAUCGCUACAGAGCUGAUGUCUCUACUGUAGUUGCAAGUCUGAAUUUCCUUAUGUUCGAAUUACAUUGUGCAAAACAAAAUUUAAUAAUUUUACCAUUGUUCACAUUAUACCAAUACUUUGUUUCUGAGAUUUGUAAGGACCCAGCUAAAUGUAUUGAAGGAAGAAUCUUCAAGAUCAAAGUACUUACAGAUAUAGGAUAUUUUACGGAGGCCUUUCAUGAACUGUCUUUGCUUAACUGUGGAGAAAGAAUUCCAUGGAAAAUACCGGCAGGGUACAGAAAAACUGAACAAAUGAAGACCUUACAGGGAUUUGACUCCUCAAAAUCUCUCUUGACUGUUACAAAUUUACAGGUACUGGAAGACAUAUUUAAUUGGAGUCUGUCUUUAACAAUGCUGCCACUGUGCAACCAACAAAUUAUGAAUAAAUUAACCUUAGCCAAAAUGCAUUUCAUCAUUUGCCUAUCUGCCACAAUAAAUACUAUACCUGAAAGAGUGGAAAAACAUAUCUAUUCUGCUGAUAACAAACCAAGUGGAGUUACAGCCUCAAAUGUAAAAGUUAAUGCUGACAAGAAUUCAAGACAACAGGAACAAAGAAGCACAAUGGUGCAGCUCGUUGACUGUAAAGAUGAAUUAAAUAUGGCCAUGCUGAAGGGAAUUUUACUGACAGAAGCUGAAGAAAGUCUUAACCAUCUUGUGCAGAACAUACAGGACAAAUAUGAUGGGGAGAUAUCCCAGUGUUCUGUUGAAGAUAUAGAAGAUCUUAUUGAGGCCAAACUUCAGCUUGCUGCUAUUUCUCAACAACGGCAUCAAGCAGCAUUCAGUGUUGCUUUGGCUUUCACUGCAAUUCGACUUCUUCAAGAUGCAGACAUUUUUAGGAUGAAACCAACGCAUUUUCAAGAAAAAAAGAAUGAUUUUUGUGCUGAAGAUGGUCAACUGCCUCACAGUACAAUUGCACAAGAUCAUAUGAAUAUGCAUCUGUGGCUAAGGUGUCGUAAAAUGUUAGUGACUGCACUAGUAACACAGAUACACGGCAUUGGUUAUAUGGAAGAAAAUUAUGUGGCUGAACGCAGAAGUGUGAUAAAAGAAGUAAUAAUAGAGGCGGAAGCCUUUGGUGAUAUUGAGACUCAGGCUGAAAUGAUGGUGCAAGUUGCUAUUCUUGACCUGCAAGAAAGAUGUCCCAUGGCAGGCAUUAAACUUUUGCAGGAUGUCCUCAGUUUAUUCCAAGAAGAUACAUUUAUUUUCUCUCCAGCUUCUUUGACUCUUGUGAAAAGUAUGCUUCUGCUGGCAGACAUACUAGCAUUGCAAACAGUAGGGGAUGCAGAAUAUUGUUCUUCUGUAGUGGAACCAUUAAACUUACUAAUUUUGGCACAUGAAAUUACCAUUAAAGCAAUUUUUUUGUGUGGAGAAUCCAUUGAACAGCAGAUAGAGGACAGUACACUGUCUGGCUUAGUCUUACCUGCAAAAAAUAUCUACUUGCCCCAUAUCAACCUUCUAGCCCAAGUUAAAAUGAGAAUUGGACGCACAUUAGCUGAAAAAGUAGCUUGCACACCUGAAAGCAUAGAUCCACUGCAAUGGUUACAUGCUCUCAAACAUUUAGAAUCAGCAUUGGAGCUUUGCAGAGAAUCUGCAAAAAAAGAAUUAGAUAUCGAAGCUGAGCUUCUUUUUCAGAUAGGUAAGGUGGAAUGCCAGAUAACCAAAGCAGGCAAUAACAAGUCAUAUCUAGCUGUUGAAACACUGUUGGAAGCUAUAAAACUGAGCCAGCAACAUGAUCAAAACUUCGAGUUAAUAAGAAGAUCAUACCUUGAAAUAGCACUAUUGUAUAUGCAUUUUGUCGCACACAGUGAGAAUGUGUCACAGACUGAUAAGAUAGUGCCUUCCAAAUCAAGGGCUCUGAAAUCAGAAGGCUACAAGGUACAAGCCUGGAUUGCAGUAAGAGCAGCUAGACAGGUUAGUGAAGCAGUGGUUGCUUCUCAGCUAUUAAUUGGAAUGAAGAGUGUUAAAGAGAAGGAUGAAGUACAGCAGAAAAUUCCAGAAUUUGCUUCCAUGGAUCUUCUUGCUUCAUACAGAGACUUCUUGUCUGAUGGAUACAAUGUUGUCUCUGAAAGUCCCACAGCAUCUUUGACUGAAAACAAACAAAUCAUACAAAAUGAGCAGAACCAAAAUGAAAGAAUGGAAUGUCUUGCCACCAAGGCCAGCCAGAAGAACGAGAUGAUAACAUGGGUUCACUUAAUUCACUAUCACAGUUAUUUACAAAGACUUUAUAACACAAACCUUCUAUUUGGACCUGAAUUAUGUUCUGGAAGAGAUGGACGCCUUAAAUCUGUUUUUGACUCAUGGAUUGUUCUACGCAUUGCAAAAAUGCAUUCCUUCCUUAAAACACAUUUGUUCGAAUAUUCCGUGUGUUGUCCUGAGAACUUCCCAGAAGAGCUAUAUGAUGUAGAACUACCACAUGGUAAUCUAGCAGAUUCUUCAAAGAUGUCUCUUGAAACUUCUGGAAUUUUACCAAAGAUGCCAAGUGUGAGAAUAGCUUCUCCGGUUUCUGUCACCACAGAAGCAGGCCAUCAGACAGAGAGUAGGGCAGCAAAUGCUUCAAAUAAGGAAAUUAACAUUCAGUGGUACAAUCCUUCUCUAGCAAAGCCAUCAAACAAUACAGAGACUAAGGUUUUGCUGCUUUAUGCUUAUAAUAGAAAGCCUAUCAGAAUUAGCAACAUCAAGAUUUUCAGUUCAAUGUCUGUGUUUUCAGGUCACUUAUGGGUUCCAUUGGCUAGAGUUAUUUCUUUAAGGGAGAAAUUAUCUAAUCUGAAACAUCAAGUUGAAAUGUUGAUGCAAAGUUCAGAAAGCUUAUCUUCAGCUUCAGAACCUACAAGUUUUCUUGAACAAAAUGAAACCCUGAAAAUAAUUCCUUCAGAGAAAGCUGAAAUUAAUAUUGCAAAAGUGCAUCUUGAUGAAAAAACAGAAGAAAUGGCUAAAAGGUGUUUAUCUGAAGUCAAAGCUCUGCUCUCUGUUCCAGACCUGUCCUCGCCAUUGACUGAGAUCCCAUUUGAUGUUACUUUGCAAUCAAUAUCAACGUUGGAAGAUAUGUUUGAUCCUGCCAAUGGAUGUACAAUAACUGAAGAAAGCCUUUUCCAUUGGAUCAUUUCUCUUUUUCACUAAAUUCCAUUUUUGCAGUAACUUAAUCACUUGCUGAGUAUAAUAGAUUUAGACUUCAGUUCUGCUGUUAGUGAAAAAAACUCAUUAAUCACACCACAAUUUGGCUUCUAAUGUGUUUUAUCAUUUUCAUUUUUAGGUAAUUUUCAAUUAUUUUACAAUUAAAAUACGUUUUUAGGAAUUAAUUGUAUUAAAAGUGCUUUCUUAUUGAGAAGAUAUUAUCUGUAAAAUCAUCACUGGAUUUGUUCUUUUAAACUUCUGUUUGGAAACUAGCAUUUCACACUUCUCUAUCUUUUGCCAAACAUGUUACAGAUUUUUGAGAGUGCAAAUGGUCA